AUGGCUUGGCAGGGUUGGCCGGCGCCUUGGCUGUGGGUCUCCGGUUGCGGGCUGCUACUCGUCGCCUUCGUCCUGCUCGUGAGUCCCCGCUGUUGCCGUGCGCGGCGGGGCCUCCGCGGCCUGCUCAUGACGCGCAGCCAGCGGCUGCUUUUCCGAAUCGGGUACAGCCUGUACACCCGCACCUGGCUCGGAUACCUCUUCUACCGACAGCAGUUACGCAGGGCUCGGAAUCGCUACCCCAAAGGCCACUCCAAGACCCAGCCCCGCCUCUUCAAUGGAGUGAAGGUGCUUCCGAUCCCCGUCCUCUCAGACAACUACAGCUACCUCAUCAUCGACACCCAGGCCCGGCUGGCUGUGGCUGUGGACCCUUCAGACCCUCGAGCUGUGCAGGCUUCCAUUGAAAAGGAGGGAGUUACCUUGGUCGCCAUACUCUGCACCCACAAACACUGGGACCACAGUGGAGGGAACCGUGAUCUCAGCCGGCGGCACCGGGACUGUCGUGUGUACGGGAGCCCUCAGGACGGCAUCCCCUACCUCACCCACCCCCUGUGUCAUCAAGAUGUAGUCAGCGUGGGACGGCUUCAGAUACGGGCCCUGGCCACCCCUGGCCAUACACAAGGCCAUCUGGUCUACCUGCUUGAUGGGGAGCCCUACAAGGGUCCCUCCUGCCUCUUCUCAGGGGACCUCCUCUUCCUCUCUGGCUGCGGACGGACCUUUGAGGGCACUGCAGAAACCAUGCUGAGCUCGCUGGACACUGUGCUGGGUCUGGGGGAUGAUACUCUUCUGUGGCCUGGUCACGAGUAUGCAGAGGAGAACCUGGGCUUCGCAGGCGUGGUGGAGCCAGAGAACUUGGCCCGAGAGAGGAAGAUGCAGUGGGUGCAGAGGCAGCGGCUGGAGCGCAAAAGCACGUGCCCGUCCACCCUGGGAGAGGAGCGCUCCUACAACCCAUUCCUGAGGACCCAUUGCCUGGCACUCCAGGAAGCACUGGGGCCAGGCCCAGGUCUCACCGGGGAUGAUGGCUGCUCCCGGGCCCAGCUCCUAGAGGAGCUCCGUCGGCUAAAAGACACACACAAGAGCAAGUGACGUCCCCAGUCCCCACCCACCCCAGCCCAGCCCUCCCCCCACGGUGGAAGCCACCCACUGCCCACACCUUGCUAUCCUUCUCAUCACUAACAGCACCGCGCCCACUGGUCAAGGAGAGGGACAAAACUAUGAGACAGAGAGGAGGAGGAGAUAGAAGGCUUGGAGACAUCCCACCCCCGCCCCAGAGUGCAGGAAAGGAACAUUUCUGACCCUGCUAACUGCGGGGUGGGGGGGUCUCCCUCCCUUCCCCUCUCCUGGGACAGCAAUAAGGACAUGAAGGUUGCUGUUAGCUCCCCCUCAGAAGGCCUCCCUCCUACCAUAGCCCUGGAACCCAGGGCAACAAGAGCCAUGACCAGGUGGAGCCCAUCUUCCACCUUCCCUGACCCAGAGUUGGGGGGAAAACUCACCCCCUAAAGUGGCCUAAGGUAUGGUGCCUUAGGAAAGUGGUCACCAACAGGGUAGCCAGACUCUGGGUGACUGAGACUCUGCUCCCCUCCCCAAGCUCUCUUGUCCCUCUCUCCUUCCCAAGGCCUCCACCCUACCCCCCCACCCCCAAAGCCUCUCCAGGCAGAGCCAUUCUUAAGAACACCCAAGGGCUGGAGGUUUGGCUCUGGCCAAUCCCUGCCUGAGUGUCUUCCCUGCAGCCUAGAAGGGGGAGGGUCCUGGUUGCCAAGGAAGCCUCUGCCCCAGGCUGAGGAAAACCCAGAUGCUGGGACAGAGCCUGACAGUCUUGAAAACCACAUCUGCCCAGGGCCUGCACACUGUCCUCUGCCUCUGGGCUGGGCCUCAAGGACCGCCUUCCCAGGGGAGAGAGAGCCACAGUCCACCUCAGCCAGUGCAGUGUCUCCUUUUGGGCCUUGUUCUUAGGAGUUUCUGCCUGCCUUCCUCUAACUUAAUCUGUCUUGCUUUAUCCUCAAUCUCUUUCCUCUUUGGGUUACUAAAGAUUUAUUGUUGUUCACCCUGACAUUCAUCUGGCUCUUUGCAGUUUGCCAAGAACAUUCAUUGCCAUGUGCUUUUCCAACUGAAUCCAGGGCCCCGUCCUGGCCAGGAGAGGGGCCCUGGAAGCAGAGCACAGAAAUCAGAAGUCAAGUCUGAACGAGUUGCAGCUUCCAGAAGCCCAGGCCCGGGCACUCCCCCUCUGCUCAUCCCUCGUCCAGCUCUGCCUCUCCUCUGGCCUUGGGUCCCUUAGGGGCCACAGUGAGGAACCCUGUGAUCCUCAAGCAGGCAUACCUGGGGUCAGCCGGAAACCUUGUCUUCCUAUUGUCAGAGCCUUCCCUCGGGCUCUGCUCAUGUCUGGUGACCCUCUAAGAUGCCCCUGCCCUCAGUUUCCCUCCUCAUCUGGCCUCUGCUGCCUUCUCCAGCUCCAGCCUCUGGAACCCACACUAGCAAUACUUCCAGACUAGUAGUGUGCCCUGCCCCCAGACAAUGCAGUUUCACGCCUCUGUGCCUUUGCUCAUGCUGUCUCUUCAGGCCAGAAUGCCUUCCCACUCCUGCCUCCUCUGCCUGGCAAACACCUGUUCAUCUCUCCCAGGCCCCUCCCCCAGGAAAGCACCCCAUGCCCCUCCCCUCUGGGCUACCUCUGCACUUUGUAAAUGCUUCUCUCUUGUGCCACUUACCACACCGUAUUUUACUUGUUUACAUGUUUGUCUCCCCUUCUAGACUGUGAAUCCUUAAGGGCAUGGACUGUAUCUUAUGCAUCUCUGUAUUUCUGCGCCUAGCACGGUGCCUGGCACACAGUAGGCGCUCAAUAAAUGUUUAAUGAAUGAAUG